CUUGUUUUGAGCCGCGCAGAAGUUUUUCAUCAGUAAUAUCCGGCACGGAGUCGAGGUGCCGACUAUUUAUUUCUCGAAACUACAUCGAUAAAAAAACCGUUCUGCCUGGUGCUCUAGAAGUACUAUGAAGUACCUGCUACGUACUCACUCGUAUGUAGAAGUAAAAACUAAAACCGGCAAGUGGUGGACCUAGAAGUGCUGUUAGUGUAGUAGAUAUGGCGAUAAUUGCGGGGAUCAUCGUCCUUCCAAAACAUCCAGAAUUACUUUCUUAUCUUGUUUUUAGCGAAGGUUCGAAGGGCCCUGUACCGAUGAUUUACUCGCAAACAGAAGUGCCGCGGGUUUAAAUAGAACGCAGAAACCCGGAGCAUAAUUUCGUACUUCUACAUAGAUCUUUAUUGACUGCUUUUGUUUGUCUACAGGUCGACAGGGGUCGAAGUCGAAUAAUUUGAACAUACUUGCUACACGCUUUUUAUUUUACUAGAAGCUGACGCAAAUUUUGUGUAUGUUCGAACCUUUCGUGUGUUUAGUUUAGCAUCGGUCCGUGCGUAGCAAUGCAAGCUAGCAAGCAUCUGUGCAUCUGAACGCCAUAGAUCUUUAUUGAUUUUUUUACGGUUUUAUUUCUACAAAAAAACUAGAAAAGCAUGUGUAUGAUGCCCCCACACCUUACUAGUACUAAUAAAGUACUUUCCCUUGUUGAAAUGUGUAAGAUUGAUGAGAUGAGCUUGAUGAUGAGUAUUCCUCAGAAAUAAAAGGCGUAUGAGUUGUUGAACAUCAAGUGGUCCUCUCGGAAAUAGAAAUAGUGCCUGAGAACUCAACCUGUGGUAAAAAGCCGCAUAAAAAGAACUCAAAAACUUUCCCAAAGCGUCGAGUCAGGGAGGAACGGAGGAAGAAGAACCUCAGCUGGUAUUUUUAAACAAAGCAGAGCUCCACCUCAUGCCCGGAGCGUCUCGCUAAGGUCUUCGCUUACGUGGCACACGUGCCGCCAGAUGACUCCAGCACCGACGAAGAGCUGUGACCCCCCCACGGGGGCUCCCGCCCAAGGGCAGCGCGGAAGUUUUUGUAUGGCGACGCACCUGGAAGGCACGCAUCAGCAUCUGCUAGAGGGCACGAUGCGUGAUGUGUAGCGCAGUCAGCUCGCAGCUGAAGCUGCUUCACAUCUAAAGACCGUGGCGUAAUCGAUCGAAAUAAUGACGCUUGUAGCGUGAACCGCAUUGAUGCAGCCAUCUAGGACAAGGAAUAGAGAUUGCCGGAGCGCACACAGACGCCCGCCCCCCUAGGGGAAGCAUAGGCCCCUCCUGGCUUCGAUGUUCACUUUUUGAGAUGAUGACCGAUCCCAAGGUCUCGUAAGACCAGACAAGUUCACAGAGAGUCGCUACACCCUCUUGCCCGUCCGUACAAAUCGUUUGAGUGGAUCGCUUUCCCGGUGUCACGAUCAAAAAUCGAGCGUCACGCACCCCAGACGGGGCAGAGUGAAUCGCGUAUGCAUGUGCGCAGUGAUGUGCAGUGAUAUGGACGAAGAAGAUCAAGAUCAGGUGGACGGAGAUCAACUAUGAAUCCUUGACAGAACCGCAGGGAACAUCAAAGAUGGACAAAAGCACGAUGAAUAGUCUAAAACUAAAAAGACGUGUGCGAUACCGCCCGAAAUUGGAGUUUCGCUGGUGUUCCUCGCGAGGACAGUGACUUUGUCUCGUCGAAGAUCGAUUUGCAGAGUCACAUUUUCGAAAUUAUAGAGACACCAGCCAAGCGAGACAAACUUUCGGAACGCUUUCUGACGGAUGCUUGGUGCGCAUAUUAGUUAACAUCACACUCCGUGAUGUUUGCAUGGUCGACGGAUCAUGUGGUCAGCCUCCAGUUGUACUUCUCUGUCGAUCAAGCAAAAGGCACAGCUUCAGCAGGAGCGAGUUGGCCAGACCAUGACCACCGGAGAUCAGACCACGUCGUGUAGUUUAGCCCCAGUACGACAGCACGUUGGUGCGAACAAGGCCGGAGGGGAGGAGGAGGAAACUACAUGCAACCGCACGACCAAUGCACCAGGACGAGGGUUUAAUAUUCAACAAGAACACCAGCCGGCAUUAUUUCAGUUGUCCGACUUCUACCUAGUACUGGAGCGAGAUGAUGAACAAGGAAACGACGGUACAGUAGAGAAUUAUCAGCUUCAAAAUCAAAGCCAGGACAAUUCUAUUAAUUUUUGCCGUCGGAGCAGCUCCUCGUCCUGUAGGCCGUGGCCGUUAUUAAACGAGGCAAAGCUCGCGGAAUUUUUUUUCGUGGACAUUCUGAAUAGGACAAAACCCUAUCACCUGUUUUACGGCGGACCGUUCAGCAACUGGCACCGGCAGCAAGGCGUUUUCUACGUGGAGAAGCAGGCUUACAAUUGCGGAGAGCAGUACCUGAUGGCGGAGAAGGCGAAACUAUUUCAAGAUUUCGGCACGCGGAAGAAAAUCCUGCAAGCGGCGCAUCCAAAGGAGCAGAAACAGCUGGGGCGCAAGGUGAGGAAUUUUGACGAGGCUGUGUGGACCAAGCACCGCCUGGGCAUUUUGUUGGCAGGGUUGAGGCAAAAAUUCUCCCCCGCACAGAACCCGGAGAUGAGCAACUACUUGCUGCAGACCAAGAAGAAACUGUUGGUAGAAGCCAGCCCGGUGGACACGAUCUGGGGCGUGGGACUGAGCGAGCACGACGACAGCGCGCUGGACAAAAACGCCUGGUUGGGAAAAAAUCUGCUGGGCCUGGCAUUGAUGAUUGUACGCGAAGAACUUAAUACAACAACUUUGACGCUACAGUAGUAUGUAUUCGCGGAUGAACAUGAAGCAGAAGUUGGGCCGGAAAAAUCAAGAACACAGGAGGUUCGUCGGUCAGGAUGCGCAUAAGUAAUGUAGGUAGGCAUGUUGCAGCACCUGCUCCGGCUGCUUUGUUGAUAGAUACCGACAAAAAUCCGUUGUUCCACAUUUGAUACUCGCCAGGACAGUGACUUUGUCUCGUCGAAGAUCGAUUUGCAGACUAUGAUAAAAUGCAAGCUGUCUUCUCGUUCUCGAAGUUCUAGCACGCUGACGAUCUUCACAUUCACGAUGGCACGGUACUUCGCGUUGGCGUAACUGCUGGUGUCGUAAAGAAGCUUUGCUUUUUAUUCUUUGAACAAGUUCUCUUUCUUUUCUUUGGCAAAGGCAGAAAUACCACACUGCAAUUAUGAAUUUCGCUGUGUGAGGACGAGGAUGGCAACAUGUGAUGUUCUUGUUUAUUGGGUGAGGACGCGGAUGCCGUUUCAUCUUGAUGCGUGUUUAUUUGGUAUUAGGUAGCUUCUUGCUCAAAAAACAGGUCGAGAACAAGAAGACGGAAGAUUGGUGACAGCGGUGACCGAAUACGCCCCCGUAUAAUCAUUUUUUUGCGACCGUAGUAUAAAUAGCUAUCGUUUAUUCUUGGUGCUAAAGCAGUCUUCAUUUUGUUCGAACGAGCUCAUCUAUCUUAAGCUCAACAAAAAGAAGAGAAGACACCGAGACAAGUCGUGUUGUGGUCCUGCAACACCAACAGGGAGACUUGUUUUGUUCCAGAAGAUCAUUCUGAGAUCUGAGUAAAAUAAGCAUCACGAUUAGUACAUGGAAAAUGAGUGCUGGCAAGAGCUCCAACUCGGCCCAACAUCCGGAAGAUGAAAGAAAUGCCUCUAUCCUGUGUAAAAACGUCCCCACCCCAGAGUUGUCAUGCAAAUCUGCAU